AUGUCUCUGCCUGAGAGGCCCGGGGCGAGCCCCAGCUACGAUCGCCGAACCAGCUAUCGAAGCCCGCCGGCAUCGCGACGCCCGCGACCUAUGGACAUCGAAACCGGCACGUACGAGUCGUCAGUUCCCGGUCAGCAUUCUCGUGGGAAAUCCGUCUCCUCGUACGCAGAGACUAUUUCGAACUCUAAUGUGAAUACAGAGAGUAUGCCUCUGUCACCCACGGAGCAACAUGCCUCGUCGAGAACUCCCGACCCUACCUUCACCCGCAAGCGGAGUCUCAUCAGGCCCGAGAGGAACCGCAUCGACAAGGACCACAGAAACUACCAUUAUCAUCGCCAUGCGGCGAACAUGAACGUUCUGCCCUCGUCAACCGGAAAUGACCCCUUGUUGGAGAACUUGGCUGGAUCGACUGAGCGAUCGGCCAACAGUGAAAGCAUCACCGACGAGACUCCGCGCCCGUCCCGCAGCCGCACCGCCAGCGGCGACCACGAAAAGUCCGGCGCCGCAGUCAAGACCUCGCAGCGCCGAAAGUCUGGCAAGAUCACAAAGGAGAAUAGCAGACGAUCCUCAAAGCGCAAGAGCAAGCCUAUCGAAGAGCUGCGGCCGCCUAGCUUCUGGAACGUCUACUGCGCCAUUGUGACUUUCUGGUGCCCUGAUUUUAUCCUCGGAUGCUGCAAACCGACAAGAGCCCAGCGUCGGGCGUGGAGAGAAAAGAUGGGAUUGAUCAGCAUCAUCCUGGCCAUCAUGGCCAUUGUCGGGUUUUUGACGUUUGGCUUCACCGCUGCGGUUUGCAGCGCUCCCCCAGUUCGAUUGCGCGUGAACGAGGUCUCUGGCGGCUACAUGAUCUUCCACGGCGUGGCCUACGACUUGUCCAAUUCCCACCACCCCGUUGCCGAGGGCAUCCCCCUGAGGCAGGACGGCCUCGGUGCUAACGUCUUGUUCGAUCUUCCCCAGAAGCACUCCGGCGAGGAUGGCAGCUUUCUCUUCCAGAACGUCAAUGGCAACUGCAAGGGUCUCAUCACCCUCGCCGAGGGCUCCGACGUUCCGACCGACCCCUCUGGCGAUCUGGCGUGGUAUUUCCCGUGCACAACCUUCAACCAAGACGGCUCUUCGGAGCCCAACUUGACGAUUCCGUACUACCUUGGUUAUGCAUGCCACACCUCGGCCAAUGCUCGAAAUGCCUUCUAUGUCGACCUUCGCGGCACGGCUGAUGUGUAUUUUACUUGGGACGACAUCAAGAACAGCUCUCGCAACCUCAUUGCUUACUCCGGCAGCGUUCUGGAUCUCAAUCUGCUCAACUGGUUCAAUGAAAGCCAGGUGCAGAUCCCUGACCGUUUCAAGGAACUGCGAGAUACAAACUCCGACGUGAACAAGGCGAUCCGGGGUCGCGAUGUGACGCGAAUGUUCCAGUCAUCGGCCGACAAGAAGAAUAUGCAGUGCUUCCAGGACAUCAUCAAGGUUGGCUCCAUCGACACCGAGACUGUUGGCUGCAUUGCCUCCAAGGUCGUUCUCUACUGCGCCCUCAUCCUGAUUCUUUCUGUCGUCGGAGCCAGAUUUGCUCUGGCUCUCAUCUUCCAAUGGUUCAUUAGCCGCAACUAUGCUGCCGCCAAGACGUCGCAGAGCUCCGACCGAAGAAAGCGUAAUCGCCAGAUUGAGGAUUGGUCAGAGGACAUUUACCGUGCUCCCGUCAGGCUCCCCGGCGACGGCAGCACUGUCGUGACCUCGGAAAGGAGCAAACGAACAUCUUCUUUCCUCCCCACCACCUCUCGCUUUUCUGGUGUAUAUGGUCCCGAUCGAAGCUCCUCGUCCCGCCGUGUACCCACUACGAUGGCCAGUCAAGGCGGCUCCAGCACUCUGUAUCCGCCGACUCCCAUGUAUAAGCAGAGCAACGACAGCCGCGCGAGCUUCCUUCGAUCCGACCCGUACGGCUCUGGCCCCAUUUCCGAGGGGCCCGGUCCAGCUGGCUUCAUUCACGAAGCCGUCGUGCCCCAGCCCCCUUCGGACUGGAUGCCCUUUGGCUUCCCUCUGGCUCACACCAUGUGCUUGGUCACGGCCUACUCUGAGGGCGCGGAAGGUAUCCGAACCACCCUGGACUCUAUUGCCACGACGGAUUACCCAAACAGCCACAAGGUCAUUGUUGUCAUUUGUGACGGCAUCAUCAAAGGUGCGGGCGAAACAGUGUCUACUCCGGAUGUCUGCUUGAGUAUGAUGAAGGAUCUGUCCAUUCCCCGCGAGCUUGUGAAGCCUUACUCGUACGUCGCCGUGGCGAGCGGAUCGAAGCGACACAACAUGGCCAAGGUAUACUGCGGCUUCUACGACUAUGGGUCAUCGUCGCGAAUUCCAGCCGACAAGCAGCAGCGUGUGCCCAUGAUCACCAUUGUCAAGUGUGGUACCCCUGACGAAGAAAAGGCAUCCAAGCCCGGCAACCGAGGCAAGCGUGACAGUCAAAUUAUCCUCAUGUCGUUUCUCCAAAAGGUCAUGUUCGACGAGCGAAUGACGGAGCUCGAGUACGAAAUGUUCAACGGAUUGUGGAAGGUCACUGGUAUAUCUCCCGAUUAUUACGAAAUUCUUCUCAUGGUAGACGCCGAUACAAAGGUGUUCCCCGACAGUCUAACGCACAUGGUGUCUGCUAUGGUCAAGGAUCCGGAUAUCAUGGGCCUCUGCGGCGAGACCAAGAUCGCCAACAAACGAGCCAGCUGGGUGUCGGCCAUUCAGGUCUUUGAAUACUUCAUCUCUCACCAUCUCGCCAAGUCGUUCGAGUCGGUCUUUGGUGGUGUCACCUGCUUGCCCGGCUGUUUCUGCAUGUACCGCAUCAAGGCGCCCAAGGGAGGACAAAACUACUGGGUGCCCAUUCUGGCCAACCCCGACAUUGUGGAGCACUAUUCCGAGAACGUGGUUGAGACUCUUCACGAGAAGAACCUGUAUCUGCUUGGAGAGGAUCGUUACCUGACCACGCUCAUGUUGCGAACCUUCCCCAAGAGAAAGCAGGUCUUUGUUCCCCAGGCUGUCUGCAAGACCACGGUCCCGGACGAGUUCAUGGUUCUGCUCUCUCAGCGGCGUCGCUGGAUCAACUCGACCAUUCACAACCUGAUGGAAUUGGUGCUGGUCCGCGAUCUCUGUGGCACGUUCUGUUUCAGUAUGCAGUUUGUCGUCUUCGUCGAACUCAUUGGUACACUUGUGCUUCCCGCCGCCAUCGCCUUCACCUUCUAUGUCGUCAUCACAUCGAUUAUCCACCAGCCACCGCAGAUUAUCCCGCUCGUGCUCCUCGGUCUCAUUCUCGGUCUUCCCGGUGUUCUCAUCAUCGUCACCGCGCACUCUUGGUCUUAUGUCGUCUGGAUGUUCAUCUAUCUCGUGUCUCUUCCCGUGUGGAACUUUGUCUUGCCGGCCUACGCCUUCUGGAAGUUUGACGACUUCUCGUGGGGUGAAACCCGCAAGACGGAUGGCGACAAGGGCAAGGGCGGCCACGACGAGAGCAAGGGAGAGUUUGACAGCAGCAAGAUUACGAUGAAGAGAUGGGCCGAAUUCGAGCGCGAAAAGCGAGCAAAGAGCGGCUACUGGGGAUCGAGGGAGAAUGUUGUUGGUGGCAGCACCAACAGCUGGGCCAUGCCCCCUCCUGGGCAUCACAGCGAGGAGUAUCUCUCUGACGCUUGA